GCUCCCACGCGUCGUCGGUCGCCGGCCCCUGCUCCCACGUGUCGCCGCCCGCCUCCCCCCUGCUCCCACGCGCCGCCGCCCGCCGCCCCCUGCUCCCACGCGCCGCCUCCCUCUCCCCCACGGUCGGUCGCGUCCCUUACCCCAGCGUCGGCCUCCUCCUUCCCCCACGUCGACGACGGUCGCCUAGUGGAUGCAAACCGUCUUCUUCCCCGCCGCCGGCCACCUCUUCCCCUUGCUCCGGCCACCUCCUUCCCUCCCUCCACUGCGCGCCUCUUGCUGGAUCGCGCCGUCGAGCGCGUCGGCCGCCCUGGCCAUAGCCGUGCCUCGUCCUCCCCCGCGGCUACCCCUGCCAGGGGCUUCCCAGCUCGCCGGAUCCGAUGGGUGCACGCGUUCCUCGCCGCCGUGAGUGUGAGGUCCGGCCGCCGCCUCUGCUCAAAACUCCACGCACGCGAGGGCAUCCCAGCUGCCGUGUCUUUAGCUGCGGUUCAACAAUAAAACCAGCAGCAGUCCAUGCAUCCGUCUUACCUCUUCCCUCUCUACUGCUCUUCUCCUGCUAGUUUUUUUUCUCUGAACUGCAGCACAAGGGAGGUUGAACGGGCUGCAGAAUGCGGGUUCGGUUGCCGCUCCAUCCAGCAGUCCAACCCUAUCGCCCCUGGCCGUCCAGCGACCUGUCGGUCUAUGGUAUUCCGUUGCAAGUCAGCGAGCAACAUUAGCGACCGUACUCUCCAACCGCCCCAUGGUACGACCGGCGACAACGAGUAGGUGGCAAGUGUACCACAGCGAGCAACGAGACAGAGGUAUUUUCUUAAGUACUUCAGCUCAACAAAAAUCUCCAGAAAAGUUUAGAGUUUGUUUUCAGAAAAGCUCCAUGGUGUUUCUUCGGCUACAGCAUCCAUGCAUCCAAGUUGAGCUCUGACCGCAGUCCAAGUGGAACUGCGACCACCAUCUUCACCCAGCGCUGCACCCAUUGAGCACCCACACACACGAGGGAGGCUGGAGCAACUGCAGACUGGUGAAGAGAACCACUUCAGUUCUGUUGUUCAUGUAUUGGAAGUACGUAUCCUCUAUCCAAGCAGGAGGUAGAGGUAAUUUCUCCCCUAAUGCAACCUAUUUUGAAAGUAGCUUGAGACCCAUCAUGUCCUAUAUACAGAUUCAGAGUAUAACACAUCAAUGGAAGUUUGUUCUGAAAAUUGAAAUUGUUCCGGAUGUACUAAUAGAUUAGUUGUUAAGUAUUGGAGUGUUUCCUUCUUGUUUUGGACAAAUGGAAAUCUACAAGACAAAUGUACUGUUAGAUUCAGAAUGAACCAGUACACCAAGCAGAAAAAAGCAAAAGAAAAAAACUCACUCUAGGCCACUCCACCAAAUCCGAAGCGGGUCAACCCCCGACGCAAUGCCCGCCACCACCCUCGGGCCAACCUUCCACCACCUCCACCGUCGCCCCACUCCACCUCCCGGCCACACGCCCGUCGCCGUGCUCCUCCUUGCUGUUCAAAUUCUUGUUUUGGUUAUGUCCAAAGAAACUCGUAAUUUUGAUAAAUGAUGAAUUGUGUUUUCUCGUAGAAAAAUGAUGCUCUGUAGGUGGUAUAGCAGUUUGCCAUGUAUAUCUACCAUCAGUCCGUAAAAGGACAAGUAUGUACUGAUGCUAGAAAUGAUGCUCUGUAGAAUUUCUUCUAAUCUAGUUCAAAUUUGGUCUACUUGAGUAAUUCUAUCAGUUCAUGACAAGUAUGUACCGAUGCUAGAAAUGUAGGUCAUUUGUGAAUCAUGCUUUUUUCAGAGAGAAAAGGAGUUUGUAGUUACAUCACAUGGUGUACUAAGCAACAUAAACAUGGUUUCCUUCAUAAAUUAGUUGUUUUUGGUUAAUUCGUUUACAUGGACAGUACAAACGCACAUUGUUGUGUAGUACAUGUGUGUAUUGUGAUUGUAAUUUUGGUUUUUAGUUAAGAAAAAAAAUAACAAAAAGGUUCAUAAAAGAACCCAAAACAUUUGCUAGUCCUGGAAGUCCAAAUUUCAGUUCAACAUGUUUUGUAUCAUCAGCUCAUUAAGAACCCCAGAAACAGGCAAUGUGUGUGUUAAAAAAUGUGUGUUCAAAAUGGGAAGCACGGUACAUAGGGGUGUUGUCCAUCAUCACUGAUUGAUUAAAGCACAUGCGCGCACGCACACAUAUGCUACCAGGUAGUGCUAUUAAAAAGUGAAUUUAUUCCUUGCAUGGAUGAACCAGUGACACUACUCUUGCAUAAAAAAAUUCCUUUUGCAAAAAGUAGUUCGUACAAAAAGAAGCAAAAGUCAUGUUUAUCUGGUUGCAAAAAUGAUGCUUGAUAGGUGUUUGUUCUAACGAGUAAUGCCUAUUGUUAGAGUUAUAAUAUAAGUCAUGUACCCCUUUGUAUUUAUCCCGUUGUAUGAGGGGUUUCCUGCAUAUGUUCCACACCUGUACAUGUAUAUAUAUAUCGGCCUAUGGCCUCAUGGGAAUACAAGUUGCUUAUUCCUAACAUGGUAUUAGAGCUAGGUCAAUUUUUUGCACGCCGCAACUCGUGCUGAUUGAUCCGCCUCGCGACGCCACCGUCCUCUGUGGCCGUCGCUCUGUCACGACCGCACGAUCGACUGCAACGCGCGCGAACUACGGGUAGCCGGCGACUUGAGCGAGAUCGCGAGGAGCAGGCGUACGCGGGGCUCGGACGGUGGAGCAGCGCCCGCUUCGAUCCGGGCUACACACGGCAGGCAACAGCUGUCUCCACGCGCGGGACUCCAGCCCAGGAACAAGUUGGCUUCAUCGAUCUAGCAACCAACCAUCGAGUCAACGACGUACGCUGGAUUCUACCGCCGUGAUCUCCCUGGUUCUGAUCCAGUCGCCAGCGCCCUCCUGCCCAAGCUACUCCCGAUCCCGAUCUCGCGCCUGAUUCUGUUGGUGCUCUAGUCGGUUCUAAAAAAAAUGUCUGCUGCAUCGGGCUAUGUUGCUGUCCCUCGCUGUCUGGUGAUCUUUGAUGGUACUAACUACACCGAGUUUACUGGCUUCAUGCGCAUUCACAUGCGUGGCAUCCGUCUUUGGGGUGUUCUUUCUGGCGAGGUCUGCUGUCCGCCACGUCCAGUUCCUCCGGUGGCCCCUACUCCGCCCACUCCAUCGGUUCUUCCUACGGAUGCUAAUCAGGUCGCCAAGGAUGCGGCUAAGCUUGCUGAUGAGGCUGCUGAUCGUGCUUAUGAUGAGAGGGUUUUGGCUUAUGAGGAGGCUCUUCAGAUGUAUCAUGGUGCUCUGUCUGUUUACACCCAGUGGCUUGAUGAUGAUGCUCGUGCUGCAGCUGUUCUCAUUGCUAGUGUUCUGCCUCAGUUUGCUUCUGAAUUUCUGGGUCUUCCUACUGUCUUUGAGAUGUGGACCCGUCUUCGUGAGCGCUAUCAGCCCUCUGGUGAUGCCUUAUACCUCUCUGUGAUCCGUCAGGAGCAUGCUCUUCAGCAGGGUGACUCUACUGUUGAUGACUUCUAUGCACAGAGUUCUGCUAUCUGGCGCCAGCUUGAUUCUCUCCGUAGUGCUGGGUGUCGUACCUGCCCUUGUUGCCAGGCUGUCCAGGCCAAUUUGGAGUUUUAUCGCGUCUAUGAGUUCCUGUCUCGGCUCCGUAAGGAGUUUGAGCCCCGGCGUGCUCAGUUGUUUGCUCGUGGCCGUAUUUCUCUCAUGGAGGCGCUUUCUGAGAUCCGUGCUGAGGAGACUCGCUUACGUGGUGCUGGUUUGCUGGAGGUUCCCUCUGUGCUUGCUACUCGCGCUCCUACGCCACCUGCUCCAUCGACCACUUCUCGCUCGAGUGCUCCGCCGCUCUUGCCCACUCCUUCUGGAGGCUCAGGUCGCCCCCGUCCACAUUGCGCCUAUUGCAACAAUGAUGGUCAUCUUGAGUCUCAGUGCUACACGAAGAAGAAACACCUGCGCAAAGCUCGAUCAUCAUCUUCAGGGACUUCGUCAUCUACCUCGACAGCUUCAGCCAUUGCUUUGACUGAGCAGGAUAUUCUGAGACUUAAGCGUCUGCUCGCGGCUUCAGGUUCUUCCUCGACGGGUACUGCCGGUUCUGUGACUGAUGCUUCCCGCACUGAGCAAUCACCCUCUACACAGUCAGGACCGUCACACGCACACUCUGGUUGGGGCUGGCCCUCGCCGCCGUGAUUCUCAGGGUCUUUGGGAGUUGGACUGGCUUCAUGUUCCUUCUGCUGCCACCACCAUCGCCAGUUCUUCCGCUUCUGUCGCUUCCGUCACUGGUUCCUUCCAGCAGUGGCAUCAUCGACUUGGUCAUCUGUGUGGUUCUCGGUUGUCUUCUUUAGUUCGUCGAGGCCUUCUGGGGUCUGUCUCAGGAGAUGUCUCUUUAGAGUGUCAGGGUUGUCGUCUUGGCAAGCAGAUUCAGUUACCAUAUUCACAUAGUGAGUCAGUGUCUAAGCGUCCUUUCGAUUUAGUCCAUUCUGAUGUAUGGGGUCCGGCCCCUUUCGCUUCGAAAGGUGGUCAUAAAUACUAUAUUAUUUUCAUAGAUGAUUUCUCUCGUUACACAUGGCUUUA